GGAACUGCCAUCGGUUGCUUGACCCCAAGGAGGAAAGAACAAACAGUAGCAGAUUUUAGCGCCUCCCCAGCCUUUGUUGAUGGGCCGCAGUGCAAUUGCAAAAUCGACUGGUCUUCUCCGGGAAGUUAAGAACAGGCAAAGCUCUAACCUUACGAGCCGGGUGCAGCCAACAAAAGCAAGGUCGGCAGAGACAGCACUGUGGGUGCCACACCCAAGGACAGGGAUCUACUACCCCAGGGGCUUUGAGUGGGUCAUGGAGGAUGUCCCAAGCAGCGCAGCAACGUUCCAGCAGACAUACUGGCUCAGGAGCGGCGACGCAGAGACAGCAAGCUCCCCCACGUCAACCGACGGCACAGCUGCCUUUGAUAACCCAUUUCUGUAAAUGCAUAAGAGGCCUCACACUGGAAGAAUCACUGAUAGCAGCAGUUCUACAAGCCACCACCAUUGUUGCCAGGUCGAUACAUAAUAUGAUAAACCAGCUGCUCAGAUUUCCAGCAUGUAGGCACCGCAUCCACCGAAA